AUGAAGCCAGAACAUGUUGGUUACAUAACCGUAGAAAACCUCUACAACGAAAACGACUUUAAAGAGUUUGCAGCAAGCGGCGACCCAAUACCACCGCCUACACCACAGAUCCUUCCCACUGCACCCAAUCCACCCCCACUCCCGCCUACACACACCAUGUCUAACACUACGGCAUCCAAACCCACUAAAUUCGGACAAAUAGACGAAUUUAAUGGAAUGCCCAACCAAGCAAAUGGAUGGAUGUUAUCAGCUAAAGCAUAUUUUGACGUAAACAACGCCAUCUAUGACUCAGACAAAAAGAAGGUCUUUGAAGCACUUUCCCACAUGGAAGAAGGAGCAGCCCUGGCAUGGAAAGAAACCAAAUCAACGGAAUAUACAGGAUCGGGCAGAUACCCAAAAUGGGCAGACUUCGAAACAGACUUUAAUGGAACAUUCAUUACCGCGGAUGUAAAAGGGGCGGCCAGUGCGGCCCUCAUGACGAUGAAAAUGGAAACAGGAGAAACGGCGGUAAAGUUCAACUCCCGUUUCAUGGUAGACGCAGGAAAGAGCGGCUUAAACGAUGAAGGACUAAUUAUGGUGUACAAAAGCUCCAUACACCCAUACCUUCUUUGA